AACUAGGAUAGAAUUACUCCAGUCCUAAGAGACGUAGUUUGAAUGAUUAAUGUGAAGAUAGCAAUCAAAGAGAUUCUUCCAAGUGUUGUCUUAUUUUCAAACGAAACGAAAUAUGGCAUAGGCAUCUCCCCUUUGUUAUUUGAUAUCUCAUCUUGAAAUACAUCACGUCUGUGUAUCCAUGAGCUAUCAAUCAAGACGGACCAAUAUCCCGCAGGUUGACUGUACAAACUCUCAACUGUCAAACUUCAUAAAUGGCAGAAGGCAUCUAUCGAGUACAUGGAACCUAACAACACCCUGUUCAAGUCUCAACCAGAGACAGAAUCAAGCGACGACCUCAGUGCGAAGGAAAUGUAUACUGACUAUACUGCUGUUCUUCGACUGCCAGGGACGUCCUCAUACGAGGUCAAGAUCACUACUCUCUCGGACGCUGGAACCGCUGGAAACCAUGUUGGGUCAACAUCUGCAAUCUUUGAUGCCUCGGACGCUUUUGUGAAUGGAACAAUGCUGGGCAUUUCAGAGAAAAUGGACCAAUUUAAGAACUAUCUUUUUGAAAGCUUUGAGGACGGCUGCGCUCUUAAAGGAAUGGUAAUCGGUGUUAUUGUUGGAACUCUUGCAACACUGAUUAUCAUAACCAUGGUAUAUGUCCUCAGCAGGUAUUAACAGCAAGCACCUUGAAGUGACAGGAAAGAAAACAAACCCCAACCAAUGGCAACGUGUAGUUUAACAAAAUAUUAUGAUUUAUGUUGCAGAUAUUGCUGCAAGUGCGUAAGAUAUUGCUGCAAGAAACGCGGUAACAAUUCUGGUGUAAAACUGAAUAGAAGUGGGCAGACAUCAAGCACUAAAACACCUGAACCUUAUGUCAUUAUUGAUAUACUCGGCUUUGACGUAAGUUUGGCAUUAUUUCCUGCAACAGGGGAAUAAGUCAACGGUUUAAAAGCUAAUUCAAAUAAUUUAUUUUCAACAGCCUGUUCCAGCAGAUACAACUGAAGUAACUCAACGAGCAGAGAGCAAAGAAAGCGUGAUUGUUGAA